GAGCAGCCGAGCGAUCCGACACUCCGGGGCCAGGGACGUGCCGGGCAGAGCGAGACGGGGCCGGACGGGAGCGGGCGGAGGAGCUGCCCGCGGGCGUCGGGGGCGAUUUCCUCUUCCCAGCCCGGGGGGGGGGGGGCUUGGGUCUCUUCCCUUCCUACAGUCAGAAGGGAGCAGGGCCGCGGAGACGGGACCGAUCGCGCCGCGCCCGGCCAGGGUGGGACAGCUCUCAACCCCCUUCCCCCCCCCCACGGCCCCUAUACACCCCCACGGGAGCGGGAUAGCACUCCCCCCCCAUAGACCCCCGAUCGCCCCCACGUGCGGGGAGGGUGCGGGACAACCUCCCCCCCCCAUAGAUCCCCGAUCGCCCUCACGGGUGCUGGACAGCCACCCCCCCCAUACACGUGCGGGGGAGCCUCUAACCCCCCAUAGACCCCCCGAUCGCCCCCACGUGCGGGGAGGGUGCGGGACAACCUCCCCCCCCAUAGACCCCCGAUCGCCCUCACGGGUGCUGGACAGCCACCCCCCCAUACACGUGCGGGGGAGUCUCUAACCCCCCAUAGACCCUCCGAUCGCCCCCACGUGUGGGGAGGGUGCGGGAUAGCCUCCCCCCCAUAUUGACCCCCGAUCGCCCCACGUGCGGGACAGCCCCCCCCAUACACCCCCACGUGCGGGGAGGUCUGUUUGCCCGCCGCAGUCUCGGAGGAUGAAGCGACUGAGCGAGGAGAGCUGGUCGGGCUCCGAAUCGGACGGGACCAUAGACGUGGGCAAAGAGGAGGAAUACAGCCAAGUAUCCAGGGCUGUUUCCCCCAACACCACAUCUCAGAUACAAGCCAGGAAGAAACGGAGAGGGAUCAUUGAGAAGCGGCGCCGUGACCGUAUUAACAGCAGCCUAUCUGAACUGCGGCGUUUAGUCCCCACUGCCUUUGAGAAGCAGGGCUCCUCCAAGCUGGAGAAAGCAGAGAUCCUGCAAAUGACAGUGGACCAUUUAAAAAUGCUUCAUGCCACUGGAGGAACAGGGUUCUUAGAUGCCCGAGCCCUGGCUGUGGAUUACAGGAGUAUCGGCUUCCGUGAAUGCCUCACUGAAGUUGUCAGAUACCUUGGUAUCCUUGAGGGACAAAACGGUGCUGAUCCUAUCCGGCUACGACUCCUCUCCCACCUGAAUAAUUAUGUUGCUGAAAUGGAGCCUUCGCCUAUGGCCGCUUCCCUUCUGCCCUUUCAGAUGUGGCCCUGGUCAUUCCUCCACAAUUCCACAGCCCCCGCCAACCAAGUACUAAUACCCAGGAGGGAGGCUGUCCCAGGUCUAGCUGUCUUGACUGCUUCCCCCGUGGCUUACCCAAGUACCACCAUGAGAAGGGCUCCCGUUCGCCGAAUUCCUAGUGCCAUCAUGCCAGCCCGCCGAAACUUCCUGUCCAAUAGGAUGGCCUCUUCGUCCCGGAGGGCUAGACCCACAGUGACAUCAACAACCCCAGGUGCCAUGUCCAGUGUGCCAUCAGCAAGUGGUGCCCUGAGAGAUGCCACCUCUAGGAGCAGCCAGAUUGCAACGUUCCUGCUCUCCUCCACCUCUGCUGGAGUUCCCAUACCACCUGCUUCUUACACAGCUCCUCCUGCUUUGAAUGAUUCUCCCCAGGGGCCAGGCACCAGAGGUGGAACUUCCAGACUCUGCCGCUCCUGGGCUACUGAAAUUGGGGCUUUCUGAUCCCUCCCUGACAAAAUCCUAACGGAGACAAAAAUCAUCAGCAGCCAAUGCUCAAAAAGCAUGCUUUGAUGAACAGCUUCUUUCCUGCUUUGCAGAAAUAAAGGAUCCUCUCCUCACCUCGCCAUCCCUUCUUAUUCCUCACGUCAUCUUCCCUCCCUCCCCAUCACAUUGUCUCCCUCUUUUCCAUUCCAGGUUUGCAGAUUUUUUUAUUGAACUGAAUGUAUUUGUCUGUGUACAGCUCCACUAAAGGUUAUGGGUGAGGUUUAUACACAGAUCCUAAUUCAGACCUUUCCCUUCCCCAGCCCAGGCCCUGGUAGAGCUGAAUGUUGCAGUCUGAAAAAUGUAAACCAGCCUUGGCACUGAUUUGACUUUGCUGGAGACACAGAGCUCCCAAGCAGUGACACUUUCUAACACUUGUAUGCAGUGUUGUUGUAGCCAUGAAGGUCCCAGAAUGUUAGCAAGACAAGAUGGGGGAGGGAAUAUCUUUUAUUGGACCAACUUCUGUUGGUAAUCAAGACAAGCUUUCCAUCUUAUACAGAGUUCUUCCUCAGGCCAGCCCUGAAGAAGAAUUCUGUGUCAGCUCGAAAGCUUGUCUCUCUCACCAACAAAAGUUGGUCCAAUAAAAGAUAUUCCCUCCCGCACCUUGACUUUCGAACAUUGACUUCCUCCCAGCUUCAGCAUGUUGUUUGAUACAAUCUAAGUGAGGUGAGACAUGUCGGCGAGUAAUAGAGACAACCUACCCCAUGCACACAAACUGUCCUUUGAUAACUGAACCCAACCCCGAUCAGGAUUGCCAUGAACAGUCAGGACACUUGGGAGGUUCCUCUCCGUUGGCCAACCCCAUUCUGUUGAUCUCUAAAAAUGGAGAGCUUGACAUUAUGCGUAACAAGCUGAUUCAAACCACACAACCCUGAGGGACGAGUUGGAUGAAAAUGUAACAGUUCCCAAUUUCCCUCUGAACUGAAACCCUGUGAUACUCAGUAUGCAUUCCUGCUGCAUAGAAUUAUCCCAGCACAGGACUUCCUGUACUUAAGACCUCAAUACUACGUGCAGUCCACAUUUUCAUUUCCCGUGGCUCGGCUUUUACCUAAAACCAGGGCAUUCCCAAGUGUCACUAGCGUACUUGAUUCAUGGAAACAUUUGCCUGAUCCUGUGCUCAGAUCAAUGCGGUUAUCAGAAUGUUUUCAGGAGGGAGUAUCAGACAUUACUAUGCAAAAUGCCUUUGCCAGCUGCUGUUUGGGAUUCCCUAUGUAGAUAAUUCAGAUGUCUGUGAGAGACACAGACCUUGCUCAUCCAAUGAAGCAUUACAGAGUAAGGGAGCAGGUUUCCGAAGUGACACCUGUCAUGGAGGGGAGGGCUUGGCAGCUGAACUAUGAGGGAGAAGGAUGCCCUUCCUUCUCUCUUCCCUCUUCAGCCAUCAAUCCUCCCUCCCCAUAUGAAAAUACAUUACUAUAAAGGGAAGAGUGGAAGAAAGCAUCCUUUACCCCAAGCUCCUCCUUUGUUUUUGCCAAUUUCCAGAUCCUUAAUUAAAUUUUCUAGCCUGUUCCGCCAGGCCCACCUCUGCUCUUUUUCUUUAUCACCAUGUUCUCUGCAUGGACUUGAUCCCAAACCCACUGAAGUCAAUGGCAGUCUUUCCACUGACUUCAUGGGCUUUUGACCAGCCCCUAGAAUGUCCUCUGUCUCUUGAAAGUUUUCUCUGCCUUUGUCUUCUCUCUGUGUGUUCCUAUAUAAAUGCCAAGGAUGAUGAUUAUUCUUUGUCCUCUGCUCUCUAUGCACCUCUGAGUCUCCUCUCAAUCCCUAUCUCUCUAGGGCAGUGAGGAACAGUUACUGAGCAUUCUCAAGCUCUGCUCCUAUCUCAACUCUUCUUAGCUCUAGUGGUUUUGAAAUAGUGUGGCCCUGUGGCUAGGGGAGUGAACUUAAACUCACUUGGCGUGAGCUCUGUUCCCAGCUCUGCUAUAUGAUCUUUGGCAAAUCACUUCACUUUACCCCAGUUUCCCCAUUUAUAAAAUAGGAACUGAUGAAAAGAUCAAUAUAAGAGCUAAGUAUUAUUAUUAUUUGGUUCCUGCUGCAAUCAGCGGAGAAGCAGCAAUAGUAAGAGAGUGCUCAGAAGUUGCCUGAAUGGGUAUAGGAAAUGCUGUUUAUAUAAAACAGAAGCAUAGGAGGGGCAGUUGGUGUGAUCUGGUGACCAGAUGGCCAUGGAGUCUAUGAGAACCAGGGCCUGUUUCCACAGAAGGGGUUGGGAGACUAGAACAGUUCCUCCCAACCAAGACAUCUGGCCACCCUAGCCACAGGCUGUCUAUUGCCCCGGUGCACUUCUCUUAGCAUUAUUAUUUUAUAUAACAUAUAAGAAGGCAGUAUACCUCCACUUAAAUCAAAGCAAGACCCUUCUUCCCUGAACCUGUGCUUUUAUUUUCUUGGAUUUAUGCAGAAGCUGGCAUUGGUCCAGUUGAAUACCCUCUAAUUGCAUCAUCGUGAUCCUUGCCUGAGUCAGUGGUGCCGUGCCAGGAAGGGUAAAGCAGAGAAAGGAACAAAGGGGGAACAGUGAGUAGUGUCUUUUUAAUGUAACAGACCCUCCCCAUCCCAGAUGUCAAGCAAGUGGCCAAUUGUGCAUUGAACUGUUGGCUCAGCAGCGGCAUUGAUACAGCUGUGUAUCUGACAUACCUAUGUUAAAUGUAUAUGGAUCAGACAGACUUGUUUUGGAAGUGAGUCCCUCCCGAUUGCUCUCAAUACGCAUAAAUGCUCCUGGCCCCCGGUACUUGUCCUCACUCAUUUCCUGAGGUGGCAGAGUCAAUCAGGAAUGCAAUAUUCCUGUUCAGAGAAGUUCCCUGUGGACUGGUUGUUCCUGGAGCUAGUCUGUGCCUUAGAGCCCACACUUUUCACUGCGCAGAGCUGUUAACAUUGUGAGCUGUCAGACAUCCAGCAAAAGGUGUCAAAUAAAGUCUUCCAAACCCA